CCGGCACCGGCUGCGGGGCGGGGGGUUGCGGUCCCUCUACCGCUGCUCCUUCAGCACCUGUAGAAGCAAAGGGGCAAAACAUAAGCGAGGGCACCCAUAGGGUUCAACCCGGCAGCCCCGAGCGCUGCCCUGGAGGUGGGGAAGGGGAGAACAGGGGGCUGGUGCCAUCCAUACGGAGCGGGAGCCCCGCUGCGCGCGUUCAGCUCAGCUUGAGAGAUGUUUGGGUCCCAAACCGGUGUGUUUGGCUUAUCUCUUCCCAGAGAGAAGCUCCGGGGCUCCGGCGGGGCUCACGGCGGUGCGGGCCGGUCCCGCUGCGGGGAGCCCCCCGCCACACAGCCCUCCGGGCCGCCAGAGGGCGCUGCCGCCCGCGCAGCGCCGCCCCAUAAGACCCCGCGGCGGCUCCAGCUGGUCUUUUCCCCGCCUCCAUCAUGGCGCAAGACCAAGGCGAGAAGGAGAACCCCAUGCGGGAGCUGCGCAUCCGCAAGCUGUGCCUCAACAUCUGCGUCGGGGAGAGCGGGGACAGGCUCACCCGGGCCGCCAAGGUGCUGGAGCAGCUGACGGGGCAGACCCCCGUCUUCUCCAAAGCACGAUACACUGUGAGAUCCUUUGGAAUCAGAAGAAACGAGAAGAUUGCUGUUCAUUGCACGGUUCGUGGGGCCAAAGCAGAGGAGAUUCUGGAGAAGGGCUUGAAGGUGCGAGAAUACGAGCUGAGAAAAAACAACUUCUCAGACACCGGGAACUUUGGCUUUGGAAUCCAGGAGCACAUCGACCUGGGGAUUAAAUACGAUCCCAGCAUUGGUAUCUACGGCUUGGACUUUUAUGUGGUGCUGGGCAGGCCUGGUUUCAGCAUCGCUGACAAGAAGCGCAGGACUGGCAACAUCGGGGCCAAGCACAGGAUUGGGAAGGAAGAAGCCAUGCGCUGGUUCCAGCAAAAGUAUGAUGGCAUCAUCCUUCCUGGUAAAUGAGCAGUUCCUGUUACUAAAAAAAAGGCAAAUAAAAUUUUCUAAGCUCUAUC